AUGGCGGUGCCCAGUGUGUCUGGGAUGCUCCAGCAGGUAUGCCACUUCACCAUUUCAGUGGGCAGACCAUUUGCUAAACUCGUCAGGCCUCCAAUUCAAGUGUAUGGUCUAAAAGGUUGGUAUGCCACUGCUCUUUAUUCUGCUGCGUCUAAGCAGAAUAAACUGGACAUGGUAGACAAGGAGUUUCUCAGAGUAACAAAACUUUUGAAGGAUCCCAAAAUGAUUGACUCUAUUAUGAAUCCCCAUAUAAAGCAUUCUAUUAAAAUAAAAACCUUAAGUGACAUCAUAGCAAAAGAGAAGUUUUUCCUUAUCGCAACCAACCUCAUGAAAUUUUUUGCUGAAAAUGGUUGCUUAAACAAUACCCCAGGAGUCAUUUCAGCAUUUUCUACCACGAUGAGUGUGUAUCGUGGAGAAGUACAGUGCUCAGUUACUACUGCAUCUACUUUAGAUGAUGCAACUCUUUCAGAAUCAAAAACAGUCCUGAACAGCUUCCUAAGGAAAGGCCAAGUCCUGAAACUGGAGGUUAAGACUGGCCUUUCAAUCAUGGGAGAAAUGAUUGUAUAG